GUGGCCAAAUCGUCAACCCAGUAGAUGGCGGUAAUGCCUCAUGAUAGGGGUAAACUGCCAACAAAAACAAGAAGAACUACUCCUUCCCUCCCUACUACUAGGAGCCAUGUCAUCGCAGGCAGGCGCUGCCACCCAGCGGCCGGAGGGAUUCUCUUCAAAUUGGUCCCGUGAAAAAUCAUAAAAAAACGGACAUUUUUAUGAAUUUAUAAAACCCGCCCGGACCACCUGUGGGGCGCAUCCAGAACUACUUCACUGAUGUUCAGCGACACCAUGCUGGGGAUUCUCUGCCUUCUCAUCGCCGCGCUUACUCGUGGCGACGCGGCCAUAGUGCUGACCCAGACGCCGGCAGUUCGGAGCGUUUCUGUAGGAGAAGAGGUGGUUCUCAAUUGCAACAUUCAGAGAGAUGAUCGCAAUUAUGUCAGCUUUUAUAGACAGUUUCCUGGAGAUGCUCCUCAGUUUAUUCUGAAGCAUCACCAUUCUCAGUCCUCACCUAACUAUGGAUCAGGAUUCUCCUCUAGUCAGUUCAAUGCCAAAGCGUCCUCCGAUGUGGAUUACCAAUUCAUCAUUAAACAGGCAAAGGCAGAAGAUUCUGCUGAGUAUCAUUGUAGCACGUGGGAUGACUCUGCUGCUGAAAGAGUUGUGGUAUUCGGCGGAGGAACCAAGCUGCUUGUGACAAGUUCUGACGUGACUCCCCCUGUGGUGACUGUCUUCCCCCCGUCCAAUGAUGAGGUCCAGUCCAAACAGGCCACUCUAGUCUGCGUGGCCAUUCAGUCAACCCGGUACGCUGACGUCACUUGGCUGGCUCGCGGCCUUCCGGCGACGGGCGCCGUCGCCACCGGUCCUGCCACGCGAGAAACGAACGGCAACUACAAAAUCAGCAGCUAUCUCACCGUGCAGGCGUCCGAAUGGCACUCGGACGUCGAUUACACUUGUAAGGUGUCUUUGGGCUCCCAGUCAGCUGAACAGACCAUCAGCAAGUCCAAGUGUGCAAUUUAGCAAGACCAAAAUAAUGUGUAUGCAUGUUUUUCGCUAGUCUGCUUUAGUUUUCUAUAACGACUCAAUAUUCUUCAAUAAAA